AUGGGUAAACGGUUUACAGAAUCCGCUGCCAAGAAGAUAGCUGGAAACCAGCGCAAGAAAGAACAAGCACACGCCAAGGACAGGGCGCAAAGAGAAGCGCUGGAGGCUGAAGAGUCGUCGAAGUGGGACGAAGGCUCCAGAAAAGCCAACCCUAAAAAGGUACAGGAGGAGGAGAAAAAGCAGGAGAAGCUGAGGGCCAAACAGGAGCGCGAAGAACUUCUGGCAGCAGAAGAGGAGGCGCUCGGAAGAGGAGGAAAGGGCAAAUGA